AUGAUUACUAUUCAGAACAGUACCCGCACUAGCAGAGUUGCCAACAAGCUACUAUUCACUGCACAGUCCAGAACACUAUGCAGAUUUACUAUUCCAGAAAAGCAAGGGGACAAGAUACUGUUCAUAAACAGUGACCAGUUACUGUUCACUCUACAGUACCCCAGCAGAAUCAUUGAGCCAGAGGUAGAGCAAAGCAAAGUGAGCAGAUCUUUCUUUCAUCAGAAACCACGUGUUGCUGUUCUCUCCGUUUGUUCAAAGCUCCCUUUUACGUCGCCGUUUUGCCACCAGAUUAUCGUAGGUGUGGCGGGACAUAAAGAUUCAAUUGCAGCAGAGAAAAAAUCAAGCGAGGCCAUGGAUAGCAUACCAACCUUCAAUGCUGAGCAUCUUCAAAGUAAUAUGAAGACUGUCUAUUACAGCCGGACUUUUCUGUCAAUUAUUGGCGGGGUCAUUGCUGGAAUUAUGGGGUUCACAAGCUUGACUGGGUUUAUUUUUUAUUUCCUAAUAAUGGCAAUCACUUCAGUUGGGCUACUAGCAAAGGCAGGGUUUACAGUUCAUUCAUACUUUGAUAGCUGGAACCGGGUUUUACUUGAUGGCUUUUUGGGCGGGCUUAUGUCAUUUGUGCUUUUCUGGACAUUUGCCUAUGACUUGGUGCACAUAUUCUGAUCGAUUUAUUGCUAAACGGGAACGGAGGAAAGCUAUGCUGUUGCUGUGAUGCUUCUGCAUGGGGCUUGGAGAUAGAUUUGAUAUUUUUGUAUCAGUUUUUAUGACAUUAUGUGGUUAACCCAAGUGUACCUUAAUCUUGCCUCUUCUUUUUUCUUCUAAGUUUUCAUGAAUACUAUUUGGCUGGAGGGAGUUGCGUUAAGAGUGGUUGACUAUAGCUGGCAAUCUGAUGCGUAGGAAAUUUUGUAUGAAAGCUGCUCAGCACAAUGGCUUACACUCACCAACACCCUUUUUUUUUUUUUUUCUUUAAAUUGAGUUUGCACUUUGGAUUUUGCAUUUAAUUCAAUAUUUGUGAGAUGUCAGAAUACUCGUGAAUUAAGAGAAAAAUAUAACCUUAUUUGUAAUAAGCAUGAAGGUUUACGACUUUGUAAACAAAUAGAAAGACUUUACUUCAUAUAUGUACAUGUUAUAGUGGCAAUUUAGUGAUGAGUUACCACUUGUUUUAAUUCUAUAAGCCACUUUUAA